AUGGACGCACAUCGCGACUCUCCCAGUCGCUACCAGAGCCCGGCUUAUCAGCUCGAGGACCGACCAUACACCCAUGAUGAGCCGCUCCAGAUCCCUUCAGGUCCAGGAGGAUACCCUUCAACGGAUCGCCUACAAGCACAACCAACAUACUCGGUGAACAACUUACCAAACUCGUACGGUCACAACGAAGCCUACGACGAGGUCCAUUCGCAUGGCUACACACCCAACCCAUACCAGCAGGCGGCGCAUCAAAUCCCUGGCGCCUCAACGUUGAGCCCACACCCAGCGCGAACACCGGACAACUACUUCCACGAACCGUAUGGCACUCCGCUUGGAACCACACCUGUCCACGAGGGUGCCUACGAUGCGCCACAACAUCCGUAUUACCAAGACGAGCCGGACAAUCGCCCUAUGCUACAGCCAAACACCUCAUAUGGACCUGAUCCGCAGCAGAUCCAACCUGUCGAUUCUUCACAUCCCGACGUAGAAGCAGCAUAUAACGAUCACCCACCUGCGCCGGCGAGCGCUGCGCCAAUUCGUCGAUGGAAGACUGUCAAGGAGGUGCAAUUGUACAACGGUAACUUGGUGCUGGAUUGCCCCGUUCCGCCGCGGUUGCUCAAUCAGGUGCCUCACGCGCAGCCACCUGAGCGUGAUGAGUUUACCCACAUGCGAUACAGCGCUGCAACUUGUGAUCCGAGUGAGUUCGCUGCCAAACGCUUCACCCUCCGCCAGAGACUCUUCGCCAAACCACGAAUCACCGAGUUGUUCAUUGUCAUCACUAUGUAUAACGAGGAGGAUGAGUUGCUCGCUCGUACGCUCAUCGGUGUGAUCAAGAAUGUGGAAUACAUGAACUCGCGGACAUCGUCCAAGACUUGGGGCAAAGAGGCGUGGAAGAAGAUUGUGGUGUGCAUCGUCUCGGACGGUCGUGCCAAGAUCAACCCCCGGACGAGGUCGCUGUUGGCGGCGAUGGGCAUCUAUCAAGAUGGAAUUGCCAAGCAACAAGUCAACGGCGAAGACGUGACGGCGCACAUUUACGAAUACACGACCCAGAUGAAUCUCGAAAUCAAGAAGGGCGUGGUCAUGGUGAAGAAGGGAACUACUCCGAUCCAAGUCUUGUUCUGCUUGAAGGAGAAGAACCAGAAGAAGAUUAAUUCGCACCGAUGGUUCUUCCAAGCUUUCGGUGAAGUUCUCCAGCCGAACAUUUGUGUCCUGAUUGACGCCGGUACUCGUCCUGGCCGGAGCAGCGUCUAUGACCUGUGGAAGGCCUUUGACAGGGAGCCCAUGUGCGGAGGCGCAUGCGGUGAGAUCAAGGCCAUGUUGGAGAAGGGCAAAAACCUCAUCAACCCGCUUGUUGCCGCCCAAAACUUCGAGUACAAGAUGAGCAAUAUCCUCGACAAACCGCUCGAGAGCGCCUUCGGUUUCAUCACUGUGCUCCCUGGCGCCUUCUCAGCAUAUCGGUUCGUUGCUCUGCAAAAUGACAAGACGGGUCAAGGUCCCCUCGAGCGAUAUUUCCUCGGCGAGAAAAUGCAUGGUGCCAACGCUGGUAUCUUCACCGCAAACAUGUAUCUCGCGGAAGAUCGUAUCCUCUGUUGGGAGCUGGUCAGCAAGCGCAAUUGCUCGUGGAUUCUGCAAUAUGUCAAAUCAGCUACGGGCGAAACUGACGUGCCGACCGAAAUGGCCGACUUUAUCUUACAGCGUCGACGAUGGCUCAAUGGAUCUUUCUUCGCAGCGGUAUAUGCCCUGGCCCACUUUUAUGAAAUCGGGCGCAGUCGGCAUAGCAUCUUGCGCAAGCUCAUGUUCCUGGUGGAGUUCUUCUACCAAGCGGUCAACAUGAUUUUCGCCUGGUUUGCGAUUGGCAAUUUCUUCCUCGUCUUCCACAUCCUCACCUUUUCACUCAGCGAUCCCAAACUCCUCGGCACCACCGGUCUCGUCCUCGCCGUCAUCCUCGAAUGGUUUUACGCGUCCGUCCUCGUCACCUGCUUCGUCCUCGCCCUCGGUAAUCGACCCCAAGGAAGCAGUCGUUUCUACAUGAUGCAAGUCUAUUUCUGGGCCAUCAUCAUGGCCUACCUCCUCUUCGCCUCGAUCUUCAUCACCGUGCGCUCCGUGCAGAUGCAAGUCGCCAGCAGCAACGGCUUCACCUUCGGCCUGCUCUUCACCAACCAAUACUUCUUCUCCCUCGUCAUCUCCCUCGCCUCCACCUACAUCCUCUACAUGGUCGCCUCGAUUUUAUUCCUCGAUCCCUGGCACAUGUUCACCUCCUUCGUCCAAUACCUCCUCCUCACGCCCACCUACACCAACAUCCUCAACGUCUACGCCUUCUGCAACACCCACGACAUCACCUGGGGCACCAAGGGCGACGACAAACCCGAGAAGCUGCCCGCCGCCAACCUCAAACCGGGCGGCAAAGUCGACGUCGCCAUCCCCUCCGACGACGCCGACCUCAACACCCAAUACGAGGCCGAGCUCCGCGCCUUCGCCACCAAAUACGUCGCCCCCGAGAAGAUCGUCUCCGCCGAACAGAAGCACGAGGACUACUACAAGGGCUUCCGCUCCACCGUCGUGCUCGCCUGGAUCUUCUGCAACUUCGCCCUCGGCGCGAUCGUGCUCGAGGGCGGCGGAUUGACCAAGCUGGACACCAGCACCGAUCCGGACGCGGACGCCGCCAGGCGCAGCACGAUUUACAUGAGUGUCGUGUUGUACUCGGUGGCGGUCCUGGCGUUCAUCCGCUUCGUGGGCGCGUGUUGGUUUUUGGUCAUCCGGUUGUUCAGGGGAGUGUGA